AACAUGCACUUAAAGCUGUAUCCUGCUUAACAAGCAAUGGAGGAUCUGAAAAGAAACUUCUAAUUACCAUCUAGACUUCCCAAUCCUUUCAUUGUGAUGCCUUAUAUAAGCAUGGAUUAAUCUCUCAAACUGGAUUUCCACAGAGAUAACUUCAUCUUCAGUGAGUAAUAUUUGAUCACAGGCCAGCAGCUGUUGGACAGAAGGGAUUUCACAUUACCAUUUGGUAACCAGGAAAAUGUUCUGGAGAAGCCAUGUGAGGCUGACUGGAAUUACUUUGACUUUGCUAAUAUUUCCUUUAAUAAAAGGAAGUAUAAAAGAGAAUAUUGACGCUUUUCAAAGCAGGAGGUUAAAUUCGACUACAGAAUAUCCACCUAUAAACAACAGCAUGGGAAUUGAGGCCUUUCUUAAUUUAAGCAAAGGUACUGGGGGCAGAAAGCCACAGAAUGGAAGACCAAUCAUCCCUUUCACUGGACUUACAGACAGUAGUAAACUCAACAGAAAUUGCUGUAAUAAUGGAGGAACUUGCGUACUGGGAAGCUUUUGUGCAUGUCCAAAGCAUUUUUCUGGACGUUUUUGCGAAUAUGAUGAAAGAAACAAGAAUUGCGUUGGUAAAAUCAAACAUGGAGACUGGAUUCUGAAAGGUUGUCAGUUGUGCAGAUGCAUGUAUGGGUCUUUUCGCUGCUUAACACAAACUGGUUGUGCUGUGGUAUCUCUGUGA